CGAGAUCUACCAUAAACCUCUCUUCGUCUCGCCGUCGCCGUCGCCGGAGAAGACAACUACAAACGAUCUUAAACCCUAAUCGAUCAAAUUUCUCAAUCCCCGGCGAAGAACAAGAUGAACAUUUUCCGAUUAGCUGGUGAUAUGACUCACCUAGCUAGUGUCCUCGUCUUACUUCUCAAGAUCCACACAAUCAAAUCCUGCGCCGGUGUUUCACUAAAGACUCAAGAGCUUUACGCCAUUGUCUUCGCGACUCGAUACUUAGAUAUCUUCACGAGUUUCUAUUCAAUCUACAACACUCUGAUGAAGUUAGUGUUCUUAGGUAGUUCGUUUUCAAUAGUUUUGUAUAUGAAGUAUCAUAAGACUGUUCAUAGGAGUUAUGAUAGGGAACAAGAUACGUUUCGUCAUUGGUUCCUUGUGCUUCCUUGCUUGCUUUUGGCUCUUUUGAUUCAUGAAAAGUUUACAUUUCUUGAGGUCCUGUGGACUUUUUCAUUGUACUUGGAAGCUGUUGCUAUACUUCCUCAGCUUGUUUUGCUGCAGAGGACUAGAAAUAUCGAUAACUUGACAGGACAAUACGUAUUUCUCCUCGGGGGAUACCGAGGAUUGUACAUUCUUAACUGGAUCUACCGUUACUUCACUGAACCACACUUUGUUCACUGGAUAACAUGGAUCUCCGGGCUCGUUCAAACAUUGCUUUACGCCGAUUUCUUCUUCUACUACUCCCAAAGCUGGAAAAACAAUAAAAAGCUGCAGCUACCAGCUUAGACUCUAAUUUUUUCGAUACAAAUUCGGUAUUUGCCCACGAGGAGUUUGGGAUUAUAGAAGAGAAGAAGGUUGUAUAGAAAUGUGUAAACUCUUCACCUAUCUAACUUGUUAAGUUUUGUUGUACUUGUGUGUCUCAAAACUGCUUUUGUUCUUCUUCAUGAUUAGUGUUCUAAAUCCUUCUGCGGAACAAUAAACAUUAUCUUAAAUGCUCUCUAAGUAUAUAAAGUUACUUUGUGGAUAUACAAAGAUUAUCUCA